CGGGUCCAACUCCAAGGUAGAAUAACAAAGCCAGAACGGGAGUGAACAUCUAGCGACACUGCGAGUUUGCGACCGAGCUAUCAAGGAAUCCAAACCACGCCGCCAUCUGCCACCGUGCCCCGCCUCCAAGUCCAUCCGACGUCCCUCACGUCCUUCCAGUCCAUCCACUCUCCAGGGAGUCCGGGGUCGUCCAGCCCUUCGGUUAGCAAGAACCCCAGCAAGCAAACCUUAAGCAUUCACAAUGGCUGGAGGGAAGAUACGCAAACAAAACCACCAUGGCUCCACUGGCGGUGCAAACCCCCACUUCCAAGGCGGUAUACCAUUUCACAAGUCAAAAGGCCAACACAUACUAAAAAAUCCACUUCUGGUUGACACAAUCGUCGAGAAGUCUGGCAUCAAACCAACUGACGUCAUCCUUGAAAUUGGUCCGGGUACUGGUAAUCUGACUAAAAAGCUUCUAGAUGCAGGAAAAUCUGUCAUUGCUAUCGAACUUGAUCCUCGCAUGGUUCUUGAGUUGCAAAGGAGAUUUCAAGGAACCGCAUCUAACAAGCUAAAGGUUAUACAAGGGGAUGUUCUGAAGUGUGAUCUUCCAUACUUUGACAUAUGUGUGGCCAAUAUCCCCUACCAAAUCUCAUCCCCUCUUACUUUCAAAUUACUAUCUCAUAGGCCACUAUUUAGGGCUGCUGUGAUUAUGUUUCAAAGGGAAUUCGCUAUGCGGCUUGUUGCUCAGCCUGGUGAUACUCUCUAUUGCCGCCUUUCUGUCAACACUCAGCUAUUGGCUCGAGUGUCCCAUCUACUAAAAGUAGGAAGAAACAACUUCAGACCUCCACCAAAGGUUGACUCUUCUGUAGUAAGAAUCGAGCCGAAGAAACCUUCUCAACACAUAAAUUUCAAGGAAUGGGAUGGUUUGGUUAGAAUCUGCUUCAUUAGGAAGAAUAAAACUCUAGGUGCAAUUUUUAAGCAAAAGUCUGUGCUUACUUUGCUGGAAAAGAACUAUAAGACUCUACAAGCACUGAAGAUACAACCUGAGAAUGAUUUGCCAUUAGAUGAUGCACACAUAUCAUUGGCAGUAUCAGCCUUGGGAGAUACACUUGGUGACUUGGACAUGGAUGAUGAUGGGGAUGACGAUGAUGAGAAUGAGAUGGAUAUGGAUGAUGGGGAUGGUAAAGAAUCAUCAGUUUUUAAGCAGAAAGUUAUGUCAGUGUUGAAACAAGGUGGUUUUGAAGAUAAGAGGUCUUCCAAACUGUCUCAAGAAGAUUUCAUCCACCUACUUUCUUUGUUUAGCCAGGCUGGCAUUCACUUCUCUUAGGAUAGUUCUAUGCCGUUUAUAACAAAGAACUAAUACUAUAUAUUUACAUCUAAAGUUGAGUAUCCAUGAUCAAAGUCCAGUUUUGGUUCCUUUGUCCUAGUUAAUAGUGAGAUUAAAUUUAUACGCUCAUGCUUAUUCUUGUGUGUAACAAUUUCAUACAGAAGUGUUCGUUGAUUGGUAAAACUGUAAUGCUGUAUUGUGGUGAACUUGUGUUUUAAGGGUUACACUGAAAAAUUUAAUCUGUUUUAGCUUGAAGAAGGGAUUGCUUAAUGAAACAGAUGCAUUUUUGAGAUCUUG